CUGAUACCCGCAAUGGUCACACUGGAAAGAAAGCAAAACGAAAACAUAAGCUGCUGCAAAUUGAAUAAAAUUAAUGCUGAAUAGCAAUUAACAAAUAAUGAGCGCCCAUCAUAGGCCACUUGACGAGUCAGAUGUUAUGCUAAUACGCACGAUACGUUCAACACCAUCGUUGUACGACCACAGACAUGGCGACUUUCGCCUAUCACAAAGAAAGGAAGAGGAUUGGGCCAAAGUGGCCAAGACCCUAAAUAUUUCAUCGCCCGACGCGCGACGCAGAUGGACGUGUCUACGGGAUCGUUAUUCGCGCGAGUUGAAGCAAAUGCGUUUGCAUCCGUCCUCGGAAUUUGGUCGAAAUGAAUUCUUCAGGCAAAUGGACUUUUUGCGGGAGUUUGUGCGGAAGCGUCGUGAGAGAAGACGCCGUGAAGAUGAUGAUACGCCAACAAAUUGGCUCAAAGCUGAGGUGCGAACGGUGAAAACGAAAUCACGCCCAGUGCCAGACCCACUUAUUGAACAGGACUUAGAUGAGUCGCAGGUGUACGACGAUUGUGACCACAACUACGACGCGGAUGCCAAGCUGGAAGUGCAGACGACACAAUCGGAAAGUUACUCUGUGCUCGUGGAAGCGGACGAUGGAGAUGGACAUGAAUCAUAUGAGGAGUAUAUGGGCGAUUCCGAGUCGGCCGAUCAAAAAGUCUUGCCACCGUUGCAACCAUCGCCCUCGCUGGUCACAGUCCACAACGAUACACCGACGGCGGGGAAUGCGUCCACGUCGGGUGCCUCGCCGUCCGAUGCUGGACAUUCGCAGACGGACAUUGAAUUUAUGGUCUGUAUGCCGAACAUGAGAGUUGAAGCGGAGCAUUUGCCGCCCAUUAAGCCCGAGGCAUCGCCCGGCUUUGAGGCAGUAAGUGCACCAGCCACUGCCGCCACUAGUGCGUCCAACGAAACCGAGGACGACUUCUUCUGCAAAUCCGUGGCAGCUUAUUUGCGGCAAUUAUCGCGUCGUCAUAAGAUUAAGGCAAAAGUGGAAAUGUACCAGAUUCUGGAGAAGUACAUAUUGCUGGAGGAGUCCACGACAGGGACACCUGGGACAAGUCAGAAUGAUUAAGCAGGAAUACUACAUAGCGACAUAUAUGUACAUAUAGUUUUUAAA